CUGUUUCCAUUGUGCCUAUGAAGUAAGUCUUUUCCUUGUUCUAGGCAGGGAAUCCACAAUCCAAAGAUGUCAAGACGCAGUAGCCGCCUACAAGCCAAACAGCAGCAGCAGCUGCCACCACCGUGUCAGGAAGAGUUUCCUCAAGAGCUGCAGGCACCAGAGUCUCUCCAGACCAAGAAACGGAAAGUGGCAGAGCAGGAUCUUCAGGAAAAAGAAGAUGAAAAAGUCACUAAGAAGCAUCAAUAUGAAAUUAAGAGCUGUUGGUCGCCCACGAUAACUGGAGGCAUCUCCCCCUGCAUAAUUAUUGAAACGCCUCACAAAGAUACAGUAACCACUGACUUCUCCAGAUUCAAAAAAUAUAGGUUCAGAAACCUCUUCAUAAAUCCAUCCCCUCUGCCUGAACUUAACUGGGGAAACUCCAAAGAUGUAUGGCUCAAUAUUCUGAAGAAGGAGAACAAGUAUGCCCAUUGCAAACACUUUACGUCACUACAUGCUAACUUGCAACCACACAUGAGGUCAAUACUCCUGGACUGGCUCUUGGAGGUCUGUGAAGUGUAUGCACUUCACAGGGAAACCUUUUACCUGGCUCAAGACUUUUUUGAUAGAUUCAUGUUGACACAAAAAAAUAUCAAUAAGAACAUGCUUCAGCUUAUAGGAAUUACCUCAUUAUUCAUUGCUUCCAAACUUGAGGAAAUCUAUGCUCCUAAAAUACAAGAAUUUGCCUAUGUUACUGAUGGUGCUUGCAGUGAAGAUGAUAUCAUAAGAAUGGAACUCAUUAUAUUGAAGGCUUUAAAAUGGGAACUGUGUCCAGUGACCAUCAUUUCCUGGCUGAAUCUUUAUCUUCAAGUGGAUGCUCUGAAAGAUGUUCCAAAAGUGCUGCUACCUCAGUAUUCUCAGGAAAAAUUCAUUCAGAUAGCACAGCUAUUAGACCUAUGUAUUCUAGAUGUCAAUUCUCUGGACUUCCAGUAUAGGACACUGGCUGCUGCUGCACUCUGUCACUAUACCUCAAUUGAAGUAGUUAAGAAAGCUUCAGGUUUAGAUUGGGAUGGUAUUUCAGAAUGUGUUGCGUGGAUGGUCCCUUUUUUUAGAGUGGCAAGAAAAGCCCCAGUGAAACUUAAGAAUUUUAAGAAGGUUGCAGUAGAAGAUGGACAUAAUAUUCAAACCCAUACAAAUUACUUGGACAUGCUGGAUGAAGUUAAUAGUGGAGAGGCUUCUACAGCACUAGGACAGCUAUCCCCAGUGUCUACAGGAGGAAUAAUAACACCCCCCAAAAGCACAGAAAAGAAGUGAAACCUAUAGAAAUGACCUACAAUGUGAACAACUUCAGAAGCAGAACUGCUUCAGUACAAGCCUACACUAAACCUGAAUCUAACCUGCUACUCUAUCCUGCCACUCAUGAUGUGUAUGGUAGUAAAAGACAAGUUGAACCAACAGAUGGAAAUCUGUUUUACAAACUGCAGCUUUUCUGAACUGUUAAACCAGCCAUGCCUCUAUGCCACACAGGGUGCUGGACUAGAUCCCUGCUGAUCUAAACUGAUACUACAGUAGUAGUGUUCCAAGUUGAACUUAUUUUAAAUGAUGAAUUUGUUUAAUUAUGGAUUUCAUCAACUCACUUUUGUUGUCCAAUAAGCCAUUUUCAAAAGUCCUGCCUACUCAGUUUACAUGUCAGAUUCACUUUCAUGGGGGAUAGCCAUAACGUUAUUUUGGAUGAUGGGAACAGCAGCUUGUACAUCAUUCCAGGGAGACAGCUUGUACAUAUUACCUAAUGGUGAUACGCUUGAAAUAGUUGAGUUUCUACUUGAUCUCUGCUAAUACCAUUUUUUUUCCUUGGUGUGUGGUAUAAAUCUACCAGUUUGUCUAAUCCCUACUGGUUAGGGAUUACAUGGGUCAGGGGCCAUGUGGAGUUUACUUAAUGCAAAGACUGAAUGCAUAACUGAUUCCAAAUGCAUUGCAACACUUGGAUCAAACCAGUAAACUGGCAGAUUAAAAUAGCUUUAGGACUAGGGCAGACUGAAAAGAUGCUCUAGCAAAUUUAGUUUUCAAGCUCCCAUCUAUCUUUGACCUCAGGUAAAUGUACAGCUAAAAAUAUUGCUGCUGAAAUAACUUUAACUGGAAUAGUUCUUGAAGGAAAAAAAUCUACUUGAUGACAGCAAGACUGACUCAAAAAUAGACAUUUAGCUAGAACUGGAGUAGGUAUAUAAAGAGUAUACCUGGCUCAUUAAUAUUCUGCAACCACUCGGAAAAUACAAGUAUUGGGAAGAAAAAUACUAUGUACUGUAGAGUUAUGUCUUAUCAGUGUUUAAACAGCAUUAACUACUGUAUGCUCCUUUUGAAUAUUCAACUACCUCAGCUCAUGAGGUGCUUAACUUUUGUUCUAUAAAGGGACAGUAUCUAGCAAAGGAGUUUCUCAAAAUGGAGGAAUAAUGACAACCACAGUAGGGGUGCAGUAGUGGAUCAACUACAAAGUUGAUGUAGACCAAGCGGAACACUUCCUAGUGUGUAAAGCUAUACUUACUGCCAUGGUGUGCAAAAUUGCUUCUAUGAACACUUAAGUUGUAUUAAGAUCUAAUAUUGCCUUACCCAACUUCAUUGCUUCUUCAAAUAAAUUGUU